CUCACAAGAAACUUGCUUUAACUUCAAUUUGAGUAAGUCACAGAGAUCUGAGCAAAAUGCUAGCUCUUGGGAGUUCCACUAUCAGCUUCAGAGCAAGCAGUGGCUGCAAUCAUUUGCUCAAAGAGCUUCAGCAAAUAUGGAAUGACAUUGGUGAGAGCGCGGCAGACCAAGACUGCAUGUUGUUGGAGUUGGAAAGGGAAUGCUUAGAAGUUUACAGGAGGAAGGUUGAUGAAGCUGCCAAUACCAAGGCACGCCUUCAUCAGUCCGUUGCAGCAAAAGAAGCUGAGCUCGCCACUCUCAUGGCUACUCUGGGGGAACUCAAUAUUGAUUCACCGAUACGGAGAGAAAAGAGAUCAAGUUCUUUAAAAGAGAAACUCGCAUCUGUUGCACCACUGCUAGACAAUCUAAAAAUGAAGAAAGAGGCACGAAUGAAGCAAUUUUCAGAUAUAAGGACACAAAUUGAGAAGAUCAUCGAGGAAAUAUCUGGUUACGAUCAUCUCAACAGUUCUUUGAUCAGUUCAUUAACCCUUGAUGAACAUGACUUGUCAUCGAGGAAGCUAACUGAAUAUCAAGCGCAUCUGCACACCCUUCAAAAGGAGAAGGUGAGUAUAUUAUGAUACGAGCUCACACUGCAAGUUAACUUGGUGAUUCUUUGAUUAUAAUUUGAGUUGUGAGGUCCUGGAUAAAUGGUUGCAACUGCUGUUCUACAUCUGUGUAAAUGAAAUAUAGUCAUCUUGCUAAAGUGGGAGAAUUUAGAUAAAAUCUUUAUCUAAAUUGUGCAAAUGAGUCGAUUGAUGCCCAAAAAGUGUUUGGUUAUGCUCUUUACAAAGAUGGGAAGGAUACAACACUGUCUUAUCCCUUGGAGGCUUGGAGGCAUCUGCUCAUAUGGACCAGUUUUUCUUCUCUCUGGUCUUAACCCUCGUCCAUUACGCUUGUGUCUCCAUUUCUUUGCAGCUGCCAUCUAUGGUGUUGGCCGCUUAAUGCUUCCGUUCCCUUCACCUAAAUGCAUGUGGCUUGGGUUUCUAUUGAUCUUGGUAUGGCAAAGAAAUUAUUUACACUUUUUUCUUGUGAACACGUUUGUCAAUUAUGUAUAAAUUUCCAUGUAAACAUAACUGGCUACUUAUAAAUAUCUCUCUGGUGUUCUAU